AUGAAUAAAGAUAUAAUAUUAGAUAAUAAUAAUAACAAUAACAAAUGUACACUUCAUACAAAUAAAAAACUAAAACUUUUAUGUUUAGAAUGUAAAUUUAUUCCAUGUUGUAUUCAAUGUAUUUCUAAAGAUGGCGAACACCAUGGUCAUAAAACAAAUUGUAUAGAUUCAAUGGAAAUAUCAAAUAUUCUCAAAAUGAUGAAUUUAUUUAAAAAUGAUAUCAUUCCAAAAAUAAAACAAACAGAUAAUAAUAAUAAUAAUAAUAAUAAUAAUAAUAAUAAUAAUAAUAAUAAUAAUAAUAAUAAUAGCAAUAUUAAUAAUGAUAAUAAUGAUAAUGAUAAUUGUUAUUAUGGUAUUAAUAUAAAAUCAAUAAAGAAUAGUGAAUUUUCAUUUUAUAAAGAUAAAGAUGCAAUUGCAUUUGGAGAAGAUUGUGGUAGUUUAUUAAAAUUUAAAGAGAGUUAUGAUAAUUUUAAUUUAACCAGUGUUAUGUUAUUAGAUGGAUUUAAAGAAAGUUUAGAACCAGGUGUAGUACCAUAUGGUAUUUAUAAUAUGGAAAUAGGUGAUAUUAAAACACCAUUAGUAGUUGGAUCAAUACCAUCAACCGUUUCAAGUUUAACAUUACAUGAUGGAUUUAAUCAAUCAUUAGAACCUGUUAUUAUUCCUUCUUAUCCAAAAAAUAAUGGACUCAAGCCAUAUUAUUGA